UAUGUUGAAAUAGAAUGGCCGAUUAUUGUGAUGAUGAGUAAGUGAAUUAAAGAAAGAUGGACUAGAUUUGAGGAAUAGGGUUCGAGGAGCUUGAUAUCCCCAAGAUCCUCCAAUUUUAAAUAGAGUAGACCUUAAUCCCUUUAGAUGUCUUUGGCAUAGAGAUAUAUAAAGAGAUUUAGCAUAUAAUAGAGAAACUAAAAGGUUUUGUAUAAUUUCUGCUAUACCUGUUGAUUCUCAUUUUUAUGCACAGAACUUGCCUUCCUUGACUAAUUCAUAGUAUCCCAAGUGCAAAUAAAAGUGAAAAGCUUUGGGAGGAGAUAAAAAUCCCUUCCAUAAAGUUCAAAAGUCUCAAUUUUCCCUUUAUUUAUUAUACAUGAUCAAUAUUUUUAUCUGAGUUGAAUUUAAAAACACGGCACAUUUUAAAUUAUUUAAUUUUUGUUUUUUUUAUUAAAAUUUAAUUUUUAGGAACAAGAUGAUUGGUGUGCACAACUUGCCUUUCUUUGGCCAGACCCAAGCGUUUAUGGGCAAAACGCUUUGGGAUUGGUUCAAAAGGUCAAAAGCCCACUUUUCUGAUAUCAUUGACCGGUUAAAUUGCCAUAUUGUGCCCAUGUUUUUAAUGUUUUUUGUUAUGAUGAUCUCAGCAAAUAUUUUUGGUGCCUUUGGUAUGGAACCUAUGCGUUGCUUGCGCAGUCCAGAGCUUAAUGAAGAAGAAAGAGAAUAUGCCCUCGAUUAUUGUAUGUCCAAAAACACUUAUUAUGUUGCACCCGAGGAAGGAAUACCUUGGUCAAACAAGGAAAGGCGUGAAAGGCAGUUAGGAUAUUACCAUUGGGUGCCUAUAAUGAUGUUUUUACAAGCAAUGCUUUUUAUGUUGCCAAAUUGGUUGUGGAAUGCACUCAAUCAACAGAGUGGUAUUGAAUUCAUUAAAUUCAUUGAAGAAUCAUCCCGACUCAAAACAUUAGAGCUUUCAAAUCCAGAAAGGCCAACUUUGCUUCAUGAAUUGCAAGAAAAGAUUGCGGAGGCAAUUCUUAAUCGUCAAGCUUAUUUUCGUCGAAGAAUGGCUGGUUGCCGGUUUGGCCAAAGUAUGGGAUCUUAUGUUUCAUGGUUAUACGUCUUUAUAAAAGCUCUUUAUUUGCUAAACGUCACGGGUCAAUUUUUUAUUCUCAAUUCUUUCAUUGGAAGUACCUACCGAUGGUGGGGAAUUGAUGUAUUAAAUGCUUUACUUGCUGGGGAGAAUUGGCAGGAUUCUCCAAUAUUUCCUCGUCUUACUCUUUGUGAUGUUCCAAUACGUCGGUUGGGAGACACUCCAAGAUAUACACUUCAAUGUCAUUUGAGAAUAAAUACAUACAACGAAAAGAUUUAUUUAUUUAUUUGGUGGGGCUUUCUACUCGUUUCAAUUCUAACUUUCUUCAACUUUUGGUACUACCUCCUUGUACUUAUCUGUUUGCCUUGUACACAAGAAAAUUCUGUUAGACAUUUGCUCAAACAAGAUAGACACGAAAACAUGGUUUAUUCAGCAAAGAAAAGGGAUCGAAAGUUGAUCAAGUCGUUUGCAGAGGAGGCGCUUUGCAAGGAUUGGAUUCUUCUUUUUUGGUUUAUCGAGGGUCAUGCUGGACCACUUAUUGCCAGAGAAAUACUUGGAGAAAUAUUUGACUACUACAAAGGAAAAAUGCAUUAUGAAGAUGACGGAGAAGACGAUUUAAUUAAAAAAUCUGGCAAAAGUUCUUUCUCUUCACAAAGUACUGGUUCGAUGGAGGACGAUUAUGUUGAAGAAGGAGAGGACGAUGAAGAGUUUUAUGGCGGAGGGAAGACUGCAUUAACUCACAGAUUUGGAAAUAAUGGAGGUAUUCCUUCCCCAACAGCUCCUCCAAAAUUGCCUUUGGGAGAGGCUACAAGCCUUUCCUCCUCAUCACAAGAAAGAGAAUUAUUGCCAACGACUGUAGAGGGAGGUGUAGAUACAAAUACAACAGAAACUUCACAUUUAUAUUCUUCAACACCUAGAAGGAAGGGAGCAGGAAAUUCAGCUAGAGCAAGGUAUGGAAAUGUGGCAGAUGAACGACGACCUCCGAAUUUUUAUAAUAGUGGUCAUCGACGCAGUAUUCGACGUGAAAACAAUAACAACGAAAAUCCUGGAGGUGGAAGGAAUAUAUUUUCUCGUUUCUUUCGUUUUCUUUUUGGUUUUGGAGGAAAUAAUGGAAUGAAUGAUAAUUAUUACAGAAAUCAACGAUUGCCUAUAUUAGCUACUCCUUUUACAAACCCAACAGGGCCUGCAGGGAAUUAUUAUGGUAAAGCACUUGUAAAGGAGGUUUGA